AGACAUACAAUGGACAAGGAUCAAAUACCAGAUGGUGGAUAUGGUUGGAUUGUCGUCGCUGCUUUCGGAGCCAAUAAUAUUGUUGUAAUACCAAUAAUGCAAGGUUUCACUCUACUCUUUCGUGAUGUAUUUAAAGACCUUAAUAUGUCUGCUACAGAUAUCAGCACCAUCACUAAUGUAAAUUCGGCUUUUGGACUAAUUCUAGGUCUUUUUAAUGGACCCCUAUUUAAGAGCUUUACUUAUAGAAAAGUGUCCUUGAUAUCAGUAAUUUUAAUGUUCGUUGGAUUCAUAUUGACCAGCACUGCAAACUCAUUUACUGAAUUCAUUAUAUAUUAUGGAGUGAUCAACUCUAUAGGAUGCAGUUUAAACCUUACUUCAUUUUCUCUUGCACUCAACACAUAUUUUAAUAAAAGAAGAAAUCUUGCAACUGGACUAAGCUCAGCCAUAACAGGUUUUGGUCCUGUAUUUAUGCCAAUCUUAGUUAGUUUUCUAAUAAGCUACUAUGGGGUUAGAGGAACAGCACUGAUUCUUUCAGCACUCAUACUUCAUUGUUUGACAGGUGCACUUCUACUCCAUCCUGUAAAAUGGCAUUACAGAAAAGUUGAAGAAAGAGCUAUUGAAAAAGAAUUGGAAUUAUUAAAUCCUCCAACAUCUGAAGCUAAUAACCUCAAGCAAGAAAUAGAAGAUGAAGAUGAAAUAGAUGAAGAUUAUGAUGUAAAUUUAGUUCAUGGAUUAGAAAAAGUAACGAUACCAUCAAAGAAGAUGGAGAAUUUUGACAAAGCUAGUGGAGGCAUUUUUGCUUCUAAGAUAUCUUUGUAUGAGAAAGCACCUGAUGCCACUUGGUGGAGAAAAGAGAGUAAUGCUGGACUUCCACCUUAUACUCCACAAUAUAGCAUAAGGCAAGAGAAAAAACCAAAAAAGAAGGACUCUCAGCAAUGGAUUUCAAAAAUUGUGAAGCUUUUUGAUCUUGAUUUGCUCCAAGACCCUGCCUAUCGCACCAUAUGGUUUGGAAUAUCACUCGCAUUUACAGGAGAAAUAAACUUUUCACUAAUGACACCAAUGAUCCUUGGUGAUUUGGGCUGGAAUGUUGAAGAAACAGCAAAAUUGAUGUCAUCUUUAGCAUUUGCAGACAUAAUUAUGAGGUUUAUUUCGCCAUUUAUUGGAGAUGCAGUAAAACUACCUGCCAAGCAAAUGUAUAUGAUAAGUCUGAUAUUCCUGGUGUUAACUAGAGCUUCUAUCAUAUUUGCCAGUGGUUGGACUCAAACAUUAAUUGCUUGCAUUUUCAUUGGCAUAGGAAAGGGGUUUAGGACAGUUUAUAUGGGUCUAGUGAUCCCAAGUUAUGUUCCAUUAGAGAAGCUUGCCUCAGCAACUGGACUUCAAACUGUAUUGAAUGGACUAUUUCUUAUAACAGCCGGUCCUAUUUUAGGUUUAAUUAGAGAUAAAAGCGGAAGUUAUAACGCAUGUAUUUAUUUCAUCAACUCACUUUCAUUGACCACAAUAACACUUUGGACUAUUGAAAUGAUACUCGACAGACAGAAGUUGAAAAAUCAAGCUAAAGAAGAAGCAACCGAGUCCUCACAAAAUGUUUGAUAUAUGUACUCAGUAUUUAAUGAAAAUUCAUAGCAAAAAAAAAAAGAAUCAUUUUAUUACUUGUUAUUUUUCAUUAUAAGUAAUAGAAAUAAGAUCACUCAUUUAUGUGACCUGAGCAUUCUAAAUGCUUUGUUCAAUCUUGUUUAGUCAGUAUUUCCUAGAUAUUUGUAAUUUAUUGAUAAGCUAUUUAUUUUUUAUUUAUAAUCGAU